GAUAAUUGAUUUGUAACGUUCUACCAGUGGCACGCUUAAUAAUUGACCUAUUUAUCAGUUUUAACUCAGCAACAAAACCAGCCAGCCAUACUAUCGUAACGACCUUCCGUAACACCCUUUCUUAGCGGAUAGAAAUCAACAAAAAGCACUGGUUUUGAACAUAGAAGACCUCCGCUACGCUCCGACAUUAAUUAAACUACAGUAUACAGAUUUUAUAGAUCUUGCCAAGCUUUAUUGCGUGAUUCUCAUGGCAACAACCAAACACAAUUGCUACACACAGCACACUCGUAAAACAGUCUUUUCUGUAUUUUGUUUUCGGUCGCUAAACCGUCGGUUUAUACGGUUGCCUAAUAUUUAUUUACUGUAGAAAAGAUGCCGAAAGAGUGAUGAUGCGCUGUCAAACAACGAAGAUCCUGCUGAGAUUCCCGGGAGAAGGACAAUCCGUCACGCAUCCGUCUGGUAUUAAGAGGUCAGUUUUAGCUGCGCGGCCAGUCGUCGCCCCAGCCAGCGGGAUAUGAAUCGAUGGGAUGAACAGUGUGCACGGUGUUAAUUGGCGUUGGCUUACAAUGAGCCAGAUACUUUGAGAUACUCUGGGAUAGCCGUUUGUCCAGCACCGGCAGGAGAGUGUCCUGUCCAUGAAUGCCACAUCCUGAUCCUCCAUACGGUGUCCAGCCCACCAGGAUGACGAGCUGGACAGCGCAGCGCAUCAUGAUCGUUGUUCUAAUAAUUAUUCUCUCCGUUGGCUUUUUCGCAUUAGCCCCGACUCUACCGACAUUCAGCCAGUUCGCGCGUCAUUUCAGCUAUAGGCGAUCAGCGCCACCCUGGAAGGACAUGAAUCCGAAUUGUGCGUCCACCGAAGCCACCGCCCAAGAGCCGGACGCGGACAUGGACCGGCUGCGUUGCGGCUUACUGCUGCGUAUGUCUGGUCGGAUCGCCGCGGCACAGCAAUACCGUCAGCAGCGGCGCCAGGCGUUCCCGACGGUCUCCAACAGCACGCCCAGCGGUGCAUCUCUGGCCCGAUUCCUGACGUACAAUUUCCGGCCGAUCCUGGACGCGGGACUGGGCAAUUUCUUGUUCCAGACGGCCACGCUGGUGGGCUGUGCGCACCACAACCACCGCAUUCCGGUGCGGAUUAGCCACGACCUGCGGAUGGUCCUGUUCGAAGGAAUGGAUAUCGACUACAUGGACCCGUCCGUCCUCUUCCCGAACAAUUCGCUGGCAGCGCAGACUCUGGGCGACUUGGGUCCGGGAAAGUUCACUCCCGUCUUCCACAACAUCAGUUCGCGCUUUCCCCACGACGCCGCGGCGUUAUCCGGGUACGGGCAAUCCUGGAAGUAUUUCCACGGUGUCGCCCCCGAGAUCCGCGCGCUGUUGACCUUAAAGGAAGCCAUUCAACGGCAAGCCAUCAACGCCAUUCUGGAGGGUCUGCAGAGCCUGCGCCUUCGUGGCACCCUGAGUCGCGGUAGUCACAACCAGCAGCCGGUGCGCGUGGGGAUCCACGUGCGCCGCGGCGACAUCGUCAACAACGCCGGGUUCGCCGCGCACGGCCACGUGGCCGCCACGGAGGAGUACCUACUGCGCAUGGCGCUGCGCAUGCAACGCCGCUACCCGCACGCCGUCUUCUUCGUCCUCAGCAACGACCUGGAAUACUGCCGUCGGCUCUUCCGCGAACCCAACGUCGUUUUCGUCGCCGGGAAGCCGGCCACCGUGGACCUGGCCGUCAUGACCUUUAUGGAUGUGCUGGUGCUGAGUGUGGGCAGUUAUGGAUGGUGGGCGGCGUACCUGAGCGACGCGCAGGAGGUCGUCUAUUUCAAGGACUGGCCGCGCAAUGGCAGUGAGUUUGCGCGGGGCCUGGCGGCGGAAGACUACUUCCUCCCGGCAUGGCACGCUGAGAAUUAGCCGGGUAACUGCUCAGUCAGCGCCAGCAAUCACCAACGACAGAUCCUUUCAACUACGUCGCCGUCUGGUGUCUAUGGCAUACUGCUUCGCGCUUUUGAAAUAAUCGUUCUACUAAAGUCUGAUGCUCGUAAUGUUUGUUUUUACAAGUUUCAGUGCUAAAGCUGUUGUUACGGGGAAUUAGAAUUAUUAUGCUACGAGCAGUUUUUAUUGUUUUUUUGCCAGAUGCACAUUGCUCAG